AGGUGCUUUUGAGUCCCGCGGGCGUUUGCUGGAAGGGCUCGGAGGGAUUCCGGCAGGACUGGAUGCCUCCUCUGCCAUCUUUGUCUGCUGAAGGGGGAAAAGUUACCAUGCAGCCACCUCAGGCGGGGGUGUCCUUCAAAGAAGUGGCCGUGGAUUUCACCCCGGGGGAGUGGGCUCUGCUGCGCCCAGCCCAGAGAGCUCUCUACAAGGAAGUCAUGCUGGAGAAUUAUGGGAACGUGGCCUCUGUGGGUGGCAUCAGAAAGAAACCCUGGAUGCCUUCUUCACUAUCUCUGUGUGGUAGGAGGAAAACAUCCACCAUGAACACUGCUCAGGAUCCUCCAGUGUCUUUUGAGGAGGUGGCCGUGGAUUUCACCCCGGGGGAGUGGGCCUUGCUGAACCCCGCCCAGAGAACUCUGUACAAGGAAGUCAUGCUGGAGAACUUUGAGAAUGUGGCCUCUCUGGGAACAGUGACUGCCAAACCCGAUCUGAUCUCCUGGCUGGAAGGAGAAGACGAUCUGUUCUUCCUGUUCUUGGCAGAAGACAAGGGACUGACAGCUGGGAGAAUGCAGAGAAUUCAAGGAGAGGUGAAAAAAUAUAAACGCUUGCAGUGUGGAGAAAGGUUCAGGUGGAGCGAUGACUUUACUUCCCAACAAACAACCGAUACAGGGGAGAAACCACAUAAAUGCCUGAAAUGCUUCAAGCAAAGUGGAAGUCUCAUGUAUCAUUGGAGAAUUCACACAGGGGAGAAACCAUAUAUACAACUCAAAUGUAAGGAAAGCUUCAAGCAGAGUGGAAGCCUUUUCUAUCAUCAGAGAAUUCACCCAGGAGAUAAACUUUAUAAAUGCCUUGAAUGUGGGAAAAGCUUCAAGCAGAGUGGAAGUUUUAUGUAUCAUCAGAGAAUUCACACAGGCGAGAAACCAUAUAAAUGCUGUGAGUGUGGAAACUGCUUUACUAGCAAACAAAGCCUUACUUACCAUGAAAGAAUUCAUACAGGGGAGAAACCAUACAAAUGCCUGGAGUGUGGAAGAAGCUUUCGACGGAAAAAUACACUAACUUUCCAUCAAAGAAUUCACACAGGGGAGAAACUACAUAAAUGCCUGAAGUGUGGGAAAAGCUUUAGAAGGAAAGGAAGCCUUACUAACCAUGAAAGAAGUCAUACAAUUGAGAAACCACAUAAAUGUCUGGAAUGUGGAAAAAGCUUUUCACGAAAGGAUACUCUAACUGUCCAUCAAAGAAUUCAUACAGGGGAAAAACCAUAUAAGUGCCUGGAGUGUGGGAAAAGCUUUAGUAGAAAAAAAGGCCUCAUUUACCAUGAAAGAAUUCAUACAGGGGAAAAACCAUAUAAAUGUCUGCAGUGUGGAAAAGGCUUUCCACGGCAGGAUACACUAACCUUCCAUCAAAGAAGUCACACAGGGGAAAACCUAUAUAAAUGCCUAGAGUGUGGAAAGUACUUUACUAGCAAACAAAGCCUUACUUGCCAUGAAAGAAUUCAUACAGGGGAAAAACCAUAUAAAUGUAUGGAGUGCGGAAAAAGCUUUCCACGGAAGAAUACUCUAAAUUUCCAUCAAAGAAUUCACACUGGGGAGAAACCACACAAAUGUCUGGAGUGUGGAAAAAGCUUUCGACAGAAGAAUACAUUAACUGCCCAUCAAAGAAUUCACAAGGGUGAAAAUCCGUAUAAAUGCCUGGAGUGUGGAAAGUACUUUAGUAGUAAAGGAAACCUUAGUUACCAUGAAAGAAUUCAUACUGUGGAGAAGCAACAUAAAUGUCUGGAGUGUGGAAAAAGCUUUCCACGGAAGGAUACUCUAAAUUUCCAUCAAAGAAUUCACACAGGGGAGAAACCUCAUACAUGUCUAGAGUGUGGGAAAUGCUUUAGACAGAAGAAUAUAUUAACUGUCCAUCAAAAAAUUCACACAGGGGAGAAACCAUAUAAAUGCCUGGACUGUGGAAAGUACUUUAGUAGCAAAGGAAGCCUUACUUACCAUGAAAGAAUUCACAGAGAGGGGAAACUCUAUAAAUGCCUUGAGUGUGAAAAAAGCUUUCCACGGAAAGAUAUUCUAACUUCCCAUCAAAGAACUCACACAGGGGAGAAACCAUAUAAAUGCCUGGAGUGUGGAAACUGCUUUAUUAGCAAACAAAGCCUUACUUACCAUAAAAGAAUUCACACAGGGGAGAAACCGUAUAACUGCUUAGAGUGUGGAAAGUACUUUAGUAGCAAAGGAAGUCUAACUUACCAUGAAAGAAUUCACAGAGGUGAGAAACCCUAUAAAUGCCUGGAGUGUGGGAAAAGCUUUCCACGGAAGGAUACUUUAACUUUCCAUCAAAGAAGUCACACAGGGGAGAAACCAUAUAAAUGCCUGGAGUGUGGAAAGUGCUUUACAAGCAAGCAAAAGCUUGCUUGCCAUGAAAGAAUUCACACAGGCGAGAAACCAUAUAAAUGCCUGGAGUGUGGAAAGUGCUAUAGUAGCAAAGGAGGCCUUACUUACCAUGAAAGAAUACAUACAGGGGAGAAACAAUACAAAUGCCUGGUAUGGCAGAAGCUUCCCACAGAAGGACAUGCUAACUUGACAUCAAAGAAUUCAGACUGAUUUGAAAGCGUAGAAGUGUCUGGAGCAUGGAAAGAAAAAGAGACUGGAAAAUUAGAAAGGAGUCUUCUUUUCAUCAUUAAAAAACUGCUUCAGCAGAAAACAGAAAGAUUCCCAUCUAGAUAUCGGAAGAAAUGAACUGUGACUCAUGAAAGCUCAUACCCUGCAACAGAUUUUGUUAGUCUUUAAGGUGCUACUGGGCUCUUGAUCUUUUCUGCUUUCACACUAACACGGCUACCUAUUGCAUUCUGUUUUACACCUUUUACAAAAUGCUAGGAUUGUAGGAGUCUUCCUUGCCUUGUUGGGCAGGACUUCCCCAGAAGUGGAAGCCACAUUAGUGAAUUGUUCCUCAUGUAUUGCUCUGUUGUACAGAUGAGCAAAGCAGUAGCGAUAGAUCGUACUGAGAGAAGCCAUCCUGCCGCUCUGUAGACCUUAGCCCUUGAAACUCUUUGUCAGUAUUAGGAUGCACCUUGAUAUAAACUGCAAAACUAAGCCAUUUCCAAGGGAGCGACUCAGAUGUGUGUCGGGUGCAUUCUGCGCUUCACCUUGAAUAGUAAUCAAGUUGUCACAGUUCUGUACCAGCUAGAGAUUCUGACUUCAAGGGUGGGCCCAUGUAGAAUGUACUGCUGUAGACAGGCUGCCUGGUUUCUGUGGGUUUAACUUACCCUGUGUGUGUUGAUCCUAUCAUGGGCAUUCCCUGUCUUUUGAAUGAGAAUCAAGUGUUGUGCUUUAAUAAACUGUAUACUUAGUUAAA